AUGGCACAGAGUGGAUGGGAAGAGACGCCUGCUCAACAGGAAGCAACUAUAGAAGCUCAACCAGCAGAAGCUAACUCCCCUCUCUGCUAGAGAACAAAAAUAUUUUGUUGCCUUUUUUUAAUAUAAAUGAAUUUUUUUUCUUUAAUCUAAAAAAAUCCCAAUUCGAGAUAAUUUAAAUCAAAUAUUAAUUUAACUUGUAAAAUUUAUUUUUUAACAUGCAAGCCGACUAAAAUAAAAAAGAAUUAGCUAGAGAUUUCAUUAUAAUAAUUAUCACUUAAUAUUUUUUCAUCAAAAUUUUUUGUUCCCUUAGGAGGGUGGGUUUUUGGGCAAAAAUAGAGAUUUUACCAAUGGUUUUGUUCGCUCACGGAGCGGGGAGUAAGGAAUUCGAGGAAGAAGUUAAGCUCUUUGGAAAGUGGACUUAUUCUGAUCUCGAGGUCCGUGACACCUCUCUUACCGAUUACAUCAGCAUUUUCAACUCCAGAGCCAAAACAUUCGUCCCACACACUGCAGGCAGAUGGCAAAAGAAAAGGUUCCGCAAGGCUGCUUGUCCAAUCAUUGAAAGACUUGUAAAUUCUUUGAUGAUGCACGGCAGAAACACAGGUAAAAAGCUCAUGGCUGUUAGGAUUGUGAAGCAUACUUUAGAAAUUAUUCACUUGCUCACAGGCGAAAAUCCAAUCCAAGUUGUCAUCAAUGCAGUCAGCAACGCUGGACCAAGAGAAGACUCGACAAGAAUCGGAACUGGCGGUGUCGCAAGACGUCAAGCAGUCGAUGUGUCCCCUCUCAGAAGAGUCAACACAGGAAUUUACUUAAUCUGUGCAGGCGCAAGAGCUUCAGCCUUCAGAAACGUCAAGACUAUUGCAGAAUGCUUAGCUGAUGAGAUAAUGAACGCCGCCAAAGGAUCAGCAAACAGCUAUGCCAUCAAGAAGAAGGACGAAAUUGAAAGAAUUGCUAAUUCCCCCUCUUGAGCAAACAAAAAAAAAUUGUUCACUUUAGGAAGGAGUUAAUAUGUUUUAAAAAAAAAUUAUUGUAAAUAUUUCUAAACUUAAAAAAACAAAAAUUUAAAAUUACAAAUUAUUUUAAUUUUUAAAGUUUAUGUUUUAAAUGCGAGUUUAAUAAUUCCAAUAUAGUUAGCUAGAGAAGCCAUAUACUAUUAUCACUUAUAUUUAAAAACAAUGUUUUAUUAAAAAAUUUUUUUGUCACAGAGAGCUUGUACCCAAAAAUAGGGGAUUUUUCCAAUGGUCUUAUUCCCUCACAGAGGGUUAAGGGCAAUCGUUAA